UGUGGUAGAUGGGGCACUGACAGUCCUGGACACAGAUUUAGACGCAAGGAAGAAGGUGUGACUCUUGGACAACAAGAAACACAACAUUAUUGCAGCUAAUUAAGACUGCCCAACUCUUCAGCGAUGAAAGACAAAGAACAUUUUUCAAUGUGAUGGCUUGUUAACAUCAAAAAGUACCAGAUUUUUUAAGGUUGUAUCUCAAAAUAUAAAAAGUGUUGUUGAUGUUUAUAAGGACCUGUUCAUCGUUUUUGUUUUUCUCUGUAAAUGAUAUUCUGUGCUCCAUCAUGGGAAGGCACAAUAACUGCUGUUCAUUUCAAUAACCUCAACAGUUGAAGCCACAAUUUCAGAGAAAAUGUCUAAUAUAUCGCAGAUUCUUUCGAUGGAGUCUUUGGACAUCUCUCCAUUUUUCUCCCACUUUGCCGCCCUGUUUGGCAGCCUAACCUAUUGCCUCAUCAUCACCUGCAACAUGACCGUGCUAUUGACUAUUGCACUUGACAGGCAGUUGCACAAGCCAAUGUAUUUGCUGCUCAUCAACCUACCCAUCAAUGACAUGAUCGGGGCUACUGCUCUUUUCCCACACCUCAUACACAGCAUCGUGAGCCAGAGCACCAGCAUAUCCAACCUGGCCUGUUACCUUCAGGCCCUGCUGGUCCAUCUGUACUGUGGAGGCUCCCUGAUCAUCCUCACCGUCAUGGCGUUUGACCGCUACCUGGCCAUCUGCCGACCGCUGCGCUACCACACCCUGAUGACCGCCAGCAACCUGCGCUGGAUCAUCGCCGGCAUGUGGCUGACCGACGUGGCGCUGGUCGGCAGCCUCUUCCUCAUGCUCACCCGAUUCCGGCUAUGCAGCUGGCGCCUGGCCGAUCUCUACUGCAACAACCCGUCCCUGGUGAAGCUGGCGUGUGAGAACACCACGGCCAACAACGUGUACGGCCUCCUGAUCACCGUACUGAUGCAGGGCACCUCCAUGCUCACCGUGCUCUUCACGUACGGACACAUACUAGUCACCUGCAUUCUUAACAGGCAGGCAGAUGCACGGAGCAAGGCCCUGCGCACGUGUGGCACUCACCUGGUGGUGUUUGUGGUGUUUGAGUUAACCACCCUGUUCUCGGUGCUGUCCCAUCGACUGAGUGUGUCGCCCUUCCUGCGCAGGUCGGUCGGUGUGUCCAUCCUGGUGUUUCCACCCAUCCUGAACCCACUUAUCUACGGAAUCAACACCAAGGAGAUACGCAGUAAAGUCGUAAAAGCCUUCUCUCGAAAAACAAAGAAAUUCAAAAACAAAACAUGUGCUUAGCAGCACUGAGUCAAUGAGUGAAUACUUUAUUGCAGAGUCAAGGUUCCAUAUAAAUGACAAUACAAAAGACGAUGCAAAUAAAAGGUCAACAUAGAUUCAAAUACAUACAAGCAUCGAUUCCAGUGUUUCCAUAACCCAGAGGAGAACCUUGUUUCACUCUGUUUAGUCUCAGUGAGUUCAAUUAUUAUUUUGUUUUGUGACUCUAGAAAUCAACACAUAAAUUUGAACAUAAAAUUCGUCAACACAGCAUGGAAGGUGGGGAAAUUACAAGUCACAAACAAAGUGCUUGCUCUUCACCAUCUUGGAAGCUUGAGGAGGAUCCUAAAGGCAUCAUUAUAUGCUACCUGUAGUUUCUUAAGCUUUGAUGUUUUAUAUUUACACCAUAGGUGAGGUGUUAAAAACGGAGUACAGUAGGCUUUGAAGAAUAUAAGGGAAAUGGUCAAAUGUAAGAUCGUACAGCAAUACACAAAAAUAUUGUGAACACACAAAUAUUGGAUCGCAUUUUGGUAUAUUAUUUAUCCUGUUUAAUGGUACGCCUAGUUCUGUUUAACAUGAAUGUCCUAUGAUUUUCAGAACAUGUUAUGUUAAACAAUCUGUUGCCACAUGCAUUCCAAAGUGAUUCUUAAUAGAAAUUAAGCUCAGCUUAGUCUCACAAAAUAAUGUCAAUUUACAAAGAGUUGGUUCCUUUAUUUAUUAUUUGACUAUUGCUGCCUAUUAUACAUAAUAUGUAGGCCUUGGUUUAUAUAUGAGGUAUGCUUCCCCAUUUGGGUUUGCGUCCUCCCAAGUGCUUCACAAAUGCUGAAAUACCUAUCGAAUACUCUAAUGAACAGUACUCUGGCUCCAUCUGCUGGCAUCUUCUGAGGGGCAUAGGGACGAGCCCGAUCAGGGCCUGGGCGGGGCUCGUUUUCAGCCCCGAUUUACGGUUUUACGGUUUACCAAAUUAACCGAGUUUACAGUUCAGCAUUUCAUCAGGCUAUUUUCUUGCACGAAGACGUUAUUUUGCACCAAUUUUGUGAAGACACAUGUAAAAAUAUGACUAACACAAAUGGUUUGAAUAGAAUAAUAUUUCAAGAAUAAUAAAAUUAUAUAUUAUAAUAUUUUCAAAUAUAUAUACUGUAAAUUAUAAUCAUUAAAUUACAUUAUGUGAAUCUGUAUAACCAACCCUGUAUCUGAAAAGUUGUAUUUUAAUUGCCUUUUGGAAAGGCUUAUACACAAUGUUUAAUGGCAACUGCCACCAGUGCAGGUCGAAUUGAACUAAAUGCUGAAUAUAAUUAUUGCAUACAUUAUGAUAUCCACAUUUGC